UCGAUCGUCGAAAACUUGGAUAGUUCGCGAGGAGUUUCCUCCUCGUCGUGAGAGCGGUUGAUUUUCGAGGCAGUUUCGAGCAAUCGAGCCGCUCUUUGGAGUUUCAUUAUUCAAAGUGAGUUAGGAAUAAAUAAUUGAAAAUGUGGCGCGUCGUCGUUGCGAGGAGCGACGAAAACAGCACUCUCUUGUCGUCGGAAAUAACUCCGAGCGGUGUCGGCCCCGCCGGUGGUCACAUUUCGACUCUCACUGCUCCGGCGACUUCCCAUCACUGGGGUUAUCCUCCGCCUCCUCAUCAUCACUCUCCCUAUCAAGCUCCCCCCGGCCCGCAUCAACAUCCGGAUAUGCGCCAUCACCACGACAUGCGUGGACCGGACUUGAGACACGCCGAUUUGAGAACGAGCGGCGCGAUCAGACCGGAAGUUCGCCACGCUGAGAUGCAGCGAGCGGAGUUGAGACACCCGGAGAUGCACCGAUCCGAAAUGACCACCAGGCAACAGCAGCAGCAGCAACAACAGCAGCAACAACAGCAGCAUCCUGAACUGAGACAUCAGGAGAUGAGUCACCAGGACAUGAGCGUCAUGAGACCGGACCUCGCCGAGUUGAGACCCAGCCACGAACUUCCUGAGCUCAAAAUCGACGGUGCCGAACUUCGGACCCGCGAAAAUCAGCAGCAGCAGCAGCAGCAGCAGCAACAACAGUCGAGCAGCCAUCAACGCGCCAGCCUCAAAAGAGCGAUGAGCGACUCUGACUGCGAUGACGUUUUCUCCGAAGAGAGCGGCAAGGAACCGUGCAACUCCCCAGGCGGUGACUCUUGUCAACACGCUUCGAGGAAACGUCGAAGAGGAAUGAUCGAGAAAAAACGACGAGACAGAAUAAACGCAUCUCUCGGUGAACUCCGGAGGCUGGUACCAGCCGCAGCGAGAGAUCCUCACAGUGGCAAACUCGAGAAAGCCGAAAUCCUUCAACUUACCGUCGAGCAUCUACGAACCCUCCGUAACAAGGGACCCGAAGGUUACGACAGCACAAAAUUAGCAAUGGAUUAUCACGCGGUUGGCUGGGGCGAGUGCGCAGCCGAAGUCGGACGCUAUUUGGUGACUAUGGAAGGUCUGGACGAGCGUGAUCCUCUCCGAUUGCGUUUGUUGUCACAUUUGCAGAGUUUCCAUCGAGAGCACCCUACCAGCGGUCCAGGAGGGGGGGCCCUCGGCACGUCCACGUCUUUGGCCUCGUCCUCACCAGCAACGAGCUACGAACCACCCCCGAGUUCCGUUUCCGGGGGUAUGGGACCCGGUACCGGAAGUAUGCCACCAAUAUUGGGUGGCAGUGCUCUCGGCUGGAGCCAAUAUCCAGGACAAUAUCCUCAGCAACAACACGGAAAACCGUAUCGACCGUGGGGUGCCGAAUUAGCCUACUGAUGAUAACUUUCAUUUAAAAAAACAAAGAAAAUUAUCAUUUUUCACAUUUCCGCUCUCAGAGUUCCACAACCCAAUGAAAAACUUGGCUUUGCUUUUGGAAUUAUUGAAUUUUACGAAAAACAUGCUCACCCUAAAAUUUCGCAGGUUUAAAGUCAAGUGUUUUCCACAGCUUUUACUAUUCUCGUAAAAUUUUCUCCUCUCGAUUAUUUUGCGAGUAUUUUCGAGCAGUUAAACUCUGACCCAGUCCCAUUCUUGGCUGUUGGUUUCAGUUUUGUUGAAAAUAACCUGAAAUGUGAGGAAUCAAAGAAAGUUUGAGGGCCGCGGAAGUGAGAAAACGACAAAAAAUAUUUACGAGUGAUACAAAAGCAAAAUAGUCAUCAACCGAGUACCUUAUUAAAAAGAAUGAAGAUACAUUUAUUUAUUUCAUCGUGAAUAUACGAAACAUUAAGUUAUUUCUUACUUUUGUAAUUUGUAGUACGUGACGAAUCGAAUCGCAGACUAUUAUUAUGUGUACAGUGUAAAUAUUCUCUUUCUGUAAAUAAUGUGAUCACAUACUUUGAUAAAAAAUGAAUGAUAAAUGGAAAUAAUGCGACGAAAACGACGUGCCAUCGACAUAUCGAAGUUUAUGCGUGUGGAAAGAACGUUCGAUUGACCA